AUGAAUGUAAUUAAUUGUAUGUUUUACUUUUUAAUAACAUUAUGUAGCCUUUUGGAGAAUACAGUAUUAAAUGAGGGCAAUAUACAAAAAGGAAUGUCAUUACUCAACAAUUUAAAGUCUUCUAAGGAUUAUUUAAUUUCUUAUAUUCUUAGAAAAUAUUUUUUAGAUAAUCCAGAUUCUUCAAUUCAAACAGAUGCUUGUAUAGAUCUGAUAUUGUCAAAUGAAUAUAUGGAACUUAUUUAUUCAGCACAAGUUCUUAGCAGUAAAGUUUUUUACGAUAAUGCUUUAAAUAUUGCAAGUUAUCUUUUAAAAGUAGGACAAAGGGCUUGUAAAAGAUAUUUAGAUAAUAAUUACGAAUUUAGUCCUAAAAUAUAUUUUAAAAAUAAAGAAGAAAACUAUAAUAAUCUUUUAAUCAUGACUAGGGGAUUGGAUAAAAAGAGUAUACAGACUUAUUUCAAUUUAUUAUCAACUAAAAAAUUAAAAUUAAAAAAUCAAAUAUCGCUACUUGAAUAUCUUGCCUCAAAAGAUGUUGGAAAAGCCUAUGGAUACUUAGGCGAAGCAUAUUUAUAUGGGAUAGGUGUACAAAAAUCAAUAGAUAAAGCACUUGAUUAUUUUUUAAAAGGCAAAGCUAUAAGUAGAAAUCAAAUUUCUUACAAUGGGAUUGGUAAAAUACUAAUGUCUAGUGAAUAUGAAGAUUUUAUCGGUGCAAAAGAGCAUUUUGAUUCUUUUUCUAAUAAUUCAAUAAGUGAAACAGAUUUUUUUCAGUACAUUUUAUACAAUGAAUACUUCAAGAUUGAUCAAUAUUCUACAUUUUACUUGUCAAGGGCUGUAUCUGUAGGUUAUCUACCAGCAAUGUAUGUAGAUGGUGAGAGAUAUUUUAAGAAAAAAGAUUAUGGAUCAGCAAUAGUUAGAUUAAAACCAAUACUAGAAUAUGAUGAAACGGUUAUUGAAUUACAAGAUUUAGCAUAUGAAAAAUAUAAAAAUAAGAAUUAUAUAUCAUCUCUUAUACAUCUAUUAAUGACAGUUGAAAUGGGAUCAAGUUCAUCGUUAGAUAAUGCAAUAUAUUUAUUAGAAAAUAAGAAAAUAAACCUGUCGAAAAGUACAGUAAAUAGUUUAUUGUAUAAACUGUAUAUUAAACAGACAAAUACAACAUUUAAAAAUGUAAAUCGUGUUGGAGAUUGUUAUUAUUAUGGUCGAGGUGUUAAACAAUCUUAUAAUACAGCGUUUUCAUAUUAUUUAACAUCUGCAACAUUUAACGAAACAGAAGGUUUAGUUAAUUUAUAUUUUAUGUAUGAACGAGGAUUAGGAGUCGAAAAAGAUUUAUUAGAAGCUUUUAAAAUAUUACAAAAAAUAAGAAUGGAUGAUCAAACAUAUCUACUUAUUUGUUAUUUAUACAUUAUAUUUGUAUUUAGAGUUAUAUUUACUACAUAUAUAAUAAUAUCUAUAGGGACUGGAAUAGUGGCAUAUAAAAUAUAUACAAAACAUUUUAAUUAA